AUGUCUCAGCAGAAACCUAUCUUCGUUGCGACCCAUCCCCGGGCUUGCUCGACAGCUUUUGAACGGGUCUUCAUGACCCAGCGUGAUACAAUCCAAUGUAUCCACGAGCCUUUUGGCGACGCAUUCUACUACGGUCCAGAGCGGCUCUCAGAUCGGUAUGAGGCCGACGAGCAGGGCCGUCUGGAGAGUGGAUUCAGCGACUCAACGUAUCGGACUAUCCUCGAUAGGAUUGAGCGCGAGGGGCGGGAGAACGAGGGCAAGAGAAUCUUCAUCAAAGAUAUCCUCCACUAUCUCCUGCCGCCACACGCCAAACCUGCCAGUAUUGCUCCCUCUCUCAACAGGAUCAAGCGCGGCGUUGGUACCGAAACCGCCAACCCUGACUUCCAAGCGGCCGUUGGCAUGAACGGAACCGAAUCCUCCGUAGCCAACGGCCACCCUGCCGAUGAGGUAAAUGGCAGCAGUAGUGGAAAGAAGCAGGACAGUGCUCCCUACCCCUACCCUACAGCCGCAGAGCCAGGCAAUCCCACGGUGAUACCGAAGGAAAUCCUGCAAAGCUUCCACUUUGCUUUCCUCAUCCGCGACCCACACUACAGCGUGCCUUCGUACUACCGCUGCACGAUCCCGCCGCUAGACGCCACAACAGGAUUCACCUACUACGACCCCGCCGAGGCCGGGUACGACGAGAUGCGUCGGUUCCUCGAGUACCUGCACCACGAGGGCCUGGUGGGGCCUCACAUUGCCACGCGCGAGACAGACGCCGACGAGAUCCUUUCCAACUCAAAGAGCGGCGGCGCAAAGCAUAAGCCUGUAUCAAGCCCGAGCGCAAAUGUCGGUGUGGAGAUUUGCGUCGUCGAUGCGGACGAGAUGCUUGAUAGCCCGGCUCCCAUGAUGGAGGCAUUCUGCCGCAGCGUCGGCAUCCCGUAUACCGAGGCAAUGCUCAACUGGGACAACGAAAGUGACCAUGAGCACGCGAGAGAAGCGUUUGAAAAGUGGAAGGGGUUCCACAAUGAUGCGAUUGAUUCGAGGGGAUUGACUGCGAGGUCACACCCCCGUGCGCCUAAGUCCGAAGCAGAGUUCGACGCCGAGUGGCGCGAAAAGUACGGAGACGAAGGCGCCGCCCUGAUCCGGAAGACCGUCGACGCAACCAUGGAGGACUACCUAUUCCUCAAGCAGUUUACCAUGAAGGUAUAG